AUUCCACUAUUGUGGCUAGCUUCACACAGGUGUCGGUCUUGGUGCCGACACAUUAGGAAGUGUGUUGUAAAGAGAGUCGCUGUCAAGAUGUCUGACAAUGAAGAACAAGAACAGACUAUCGCUGAGGACUUGGUUGUCACCAAGUACAAAAUGGGAGGUGACAUCGCCAACCAGGCCCUGCGCGUGGUGAUUGAGGCGUCCAAGUCAGGGGUGUCUGUGCUCAGUCUCUGUGAAAAGGGAGAUGCUCACAUCAUGGCAGAAACUGGCAAGGUCUUCAGGAAGGAGAAAGACUUGAAGAAAGGAAUUGCCUUCCCCACCAGCGUCUCAGUCAAUAACUGUGUUUGCCACUUCUCUCCCCUGAAGAGUGACCCUGACUACACACUUAAAGAUGGAGAUCUGGUCAAAAUUGAUCUUGGAGUCCAUGUUGAUGGCUUCAUCGCAAAUGUGGCUCAUAGCUUUGUUGUGGGAGCUACCAAGGAAGCGCCAGUGACGGGGAAGAAAGCUGACGUGAUAAAGGCAGCUCAUCUGUGUGCGGAGGCAGCCCUACGCCUUGUCAAGCCUGGCAACCAGAACUCAAAGGUGACAGAGGCUUGGAACAAGAUCGCUCAGUCAUUCAAAUGCACAGCCAUCGAGGGUAUGUUAUCUCAUCAGCUGAAGCAACACGUUAUCGAUGGAGAGAAAACCAUCAUUCAGAACCCCACAGACCAGCAAAGGAAGGACCAUGAGAAGGCGGAGUUUGAGGUGCACGAGGUCUACGCUGUUGAUGUGCUGAUCAGCACUGGUGAAGGGAAGGCCAGGGAUGGAGGCCAGAGGACCACCAUUUACAAGAGGGACCCCAGUAAGCAGUACGGGCUGAAGAUGAAGACCUCCCGCAUGUUCUUCAGCGAGGUGGAGCGACGCUUCGACGCCAUGCCCUUCACUCUCAGGGCGUUUGAGGAUGAGGCAAAAGCCCGCCUGGGCGUGGUGGAGUGUGCCAAACACGAGUUGCUACAGCCUUUCAGUGUGCUCAAUGAGAAGGAUGGAGAGUUUGUGGCCCAGUUUAAGUUCACAGUGCUGCUGAUGGCCAACGGCCCCCAUAAAAUCACCAGCGGACCCUUUGAGGCAGAGCUCUACAAGUCAGAGCACGAGGUGCAGGAUGCAGACCUGAGGACUCUACUACAGAGCUCAGCCAGUCGCAAAACACAGAAGAAGAAGAAAAAGAAGGCCUCAAAGACUGUGGAAACCACUACUGGACAGCCAACCGAGGAGAGCAACAAGGCUGCAGAGUAGAUGCCUACCUGUCUUCAGCCACACUGAUACACACACACACACACACACACACCAUAUAACAAACUUAGAAAGUGAAUUUCUGACCCUCAUGCCCUUUUGUAGUAUUUGGCCCAUUGAAUACAUCUGAUAGAUUUGGAGUUGAGCCUGUUGGGAAUGCACUCAAAUCUGUUGAAAAAACUAUUUUUUUUGUAGCCAUUCUGUUGAAUCUGGAGUCUGAAUAAGGGUCACAUCCUUGUAACACAUAUAUAUGGAGUUUAUUUUCCAUUGAUACUUAACUGGAGUUUGAGAUUGGGGAAACACAUUUUUGGAAUAUGAUGGAUAAAAAACCUUUUCUAGCAUUGUGUUUUUACACCUUAUCGUUAGGUGAUGUACCUGACUUCAGAAAUGUUGCAAUCUAUAGGUGAAGUGUUAUAAACUUUUGAAAUUAAAAAUGUCAAAACAAAGUAGAAGUUUUGUUUUGAUUAACUCAAUUUUAACUGGAUGAUAUCUGUUGGAAAAUAAUAGUUGGGUGCCAGUGUUACAAUUAUUCAAACAUGACAGAAUUGAAAGGUUAGAGCACAGGUUAAAGCGUUUCAAUACUGUCAUGUUUGAAUAAUUGUAAGGUUAAAGCACAGAAUUUCAAAGACAGAAUUCUUGCACUAACACCUGAAGAGUUACUGUUAUGGGAACAAACCCUGCUAUACUUACUGGCACCCCCCCUCUUUCCUGGUAGGGGAUUUUUAAGGGAAUGGUGUCGUGCUGUUCAGUUUAGAAAUCUAUUUUUAUUUUCAACAAUACCUAAUUUUUAUCAACCAAAUGAAACAUUUUAGUGGAGCUUUUAAACAAAGUGUCUUCAUUCAGAACUGCUUGAAAUCAUAUUUUAUGCAAAUCUGUUUUUCAACUAAGUGAGAGCAUGUCAUUAAAUGGCAAAAAGCUAAAUUGACAACAGUAGUACAUGUUGAGAUGUACUUUUUAAAGCAUAACCAGUAUCCAAUACUUAUUUGUACCUAAUGAAAUAAAAUGACCUUUUAAUAUGUCUAA